AACAAACAGAACUCAAUUGAUAUAGAAAAUGGCUAGGAAAAGAAAGGGUGGAGAAGUGCUGGAAGAGAAGACCACCAAUGAACAAAUGAUGGCUUCGGAUAAGAUGGUGAAGGAGGCAAUAGCUGUUGCUGCAUUGGGAGGAGUCAGGAGGGCUCGGAAAAGAUUUGUAGGAGUUCGGCAAAGGCCGUCCGGAAGAUGGGUUGCUGAGAUCAAAGACACCAUACAGAAGAUAAGGGUGUGGUUAGGCACCUAUGACACUGCUGAGGAAGCAGCCAGGGCUUAUGAUGAAGCAGCCUGCCUCCUCCGGGGUGCCAACACCAGGAGAAACUUCUGGCCAUGUUCUUCGGCAUCUAAUCCAACCCCAGCUCUCCCUCCAAAGAUCACCAACCUUCUCCUCCAAAGGCUGAAAGCCAGACACAAUUCCCCUGCUUCUUUUCUAGAUUCUGCCUCCAUCAACAAGCAAAAAAUUGAAGGAGCAGAGCAGCAUCAAGGAGAAGCAGGGGUUUUCUAUGAUAGACAGUUCUCUGGUUUCCUCAAUGAUCCUGAAGAUUACACUAUCUCCAAUGGUUGCUAUGUCGGUAAUACCACUGUAAAUGUUGCUGAUUACUUGACAUCGAGUCUUGAAUGCUGUUUAACAGACAAGGAAGAUUUAGGUGGGAGAGAAUUGGAGCUAGAUUACUGUAGUUUCAGUGAUGCUGCACAAUGUUCCAAGUGUGGAGACCGUGUUGAAGAUGGAGAAGAAGGUCUAGAUAUGGAAGCACUUGAUUUCCAUUUUCUGGAUGACAUUGGAUCAUCCUACUACUACUCUCCUUUUGAGAUGGCAGAAGAAAUUGAAGAGCCAAUGGAGGCAGAGAACUUCUCAGAUGAGCCCUCAAUGUUAAGAGCUGCCAUGAAGAGGAUGAAGUAUGAGAGGAAGUUCUCUGCAUCUCUUUAUGCUUUCAAUGGAAUAUCAGAGUGUUUGAAGUUGAAGCUCGGGUUAGAAAAAAUCAAGGGUGGAAGAGGAAGGGUUGAACAAUCUUCCAUUAAACUCCCAGAUGAGAAGAAAGAUGAAGGGUAUGAAAUUGAAGUUAUGGGGAAGAAAAUGGAGGAAAGUCCGGAUUCUGCAGGCUGUGUGGAAAUGGGGUCUUCAUCAAGAAAUGAAGGUGAACUUUCUCCAUGGAGCUCGUUGGAUCUUCCAACAAGCUGUUUUGUUAACUGAUGGAUAGCCUGCAUGAGUUCUAUGAAUUCCUGGCACAAGUGCUGAUCUUAGAGAUACCUUGGGGGAGCAAUGAUAUGUAAUAAUCAAUUUGUAGCAUUUAAGGUAGUUCUUUUUUGUCAUGCUCAUGAAUCAUGAAGUAUGAGCAGUUGAAAAAGUUUCGUCAUUCAUCUUAAUGAAGUUUCACCUCUAAU